AGCAGAGUCAAGCGGAGAUCCACUACUGGCAGUUACUCGUUGGUUGUUGGUCCGUGGCUGCCCUCCAGACCGCUCGAGCUUUCUUUGUCACUUCCAACGUACGACACACGGAGGGAGACAGGGCAACCCAACGAUGGCUUCUCUAUUCCUUGACCAGCCAGAAGAAGAUGCGCUGCAUAGGUCCCGGCUGCUGAACGUCGAGGAGAAGCCUUUUAAACGCAUCUCAAAACGCCUGUUGAACCCUGACUCGCUGGUGGUAACGCAGUCGACGCUUCUUCCUACGCCGCCGCCGGAAGGAUCCGCGCCAGAUGUGGCCGACACGACCGCCAAGGAGGCUGACAAGCAGACAAAACUGGAGGAUUGGCGCCAUUUCCACGAAGAUGUGGCGUUGGACUUUGCCGCCUUCGAGGGGAGCAUCGCGCGCAUCCAGUUCCUCCUGACGAGCAACCAGAAGGAGCGGGAGCGCUACGCGACCGAGAAAGUACGUAUUCUCGCGACCAUGCAGGCAGUGCGAGACAACACCGCCGAGCUGCGAGUCCAGCUGGAGGAGGCGCAGCGGACGCUUGCGCUGCGCAAGACCUACGACGAGUUGGCCGAGAAGAUUACGAGUAACCGGCUGCUAAAGCCGCGGGAGGACCAGCAAGCGAACCUGCAGAAACUUGAGGCGGAGAUCACCGAGCUGGAGAAAGAGAGCAAGGAGUACGCGCAGACGUGGUCGGAGCGGCGUGAGCAGUUCGGCCGCAUUGUCGAGGAAGGGAUGCAACUUCGCCGCCUGAUCCGCGACGAAAAGGAGGAGGUCGAGCGCCGGGAAGGCAUGCAGGAGGGGGAGGAUGGCGACGAGGCCGAUCUGCCCUCCAAGGGCAAAUCCAGCGGCGGCAACACUCCACGACUCGAUGUGGAUGGUUUGACGCCUCCUCAAGGGCAAGAGGAACGGGCCGGUGCAUCGGCGGGACUGCAGGUAGAUAACAAACCUACGGGAACCACGUCGCCGCUACGACAAGUGACUACUGCCAAUGAUGACCGUGAAGAUGCCACCAUGGUUGAUGAGGGGGAGGUCAGUGCAGACGAGGGGGCCCUGGAAGAAGGGGAGGAAGUGUCGGGCGACCAAACAGCAGACAAAAUGGACACGACAUGAGGCAAUACCAGUGAAUAUUCUAGCGAGGAGUCAACGGCGUUUCGGGAUGGACUGGGAAAAUCUAGAGUUCAAUAUCACACUUUUUUUUUUUCGUUUCUCUUUCGAAUUACAAUCGUCGGCUUCGCUUUUCUGUACAUGAAAACGGACUCAAGUCUCAAUCAAGACACCUCUCUCUCCGCUGUCUUGGCCUUUGAGAUCGCCUCCUUGCCAGCGUUGAUCUGCUCGACGUCGCUCUCGGCUCCCUUCUUGCCUUCUUCGACC